AAUUGAAUCCAUAGGCUCCCUGUGACACCCUUAAGCUUCAACCCAGCCAGCCUCAUCGAUCAUCUUCAGGACGCCUUGUCAGCGUUGUGGUCGUCCUUGCCGCAAUGGCUGCUCAGCCAACCGUGCAUCAGCUAUUCAGACGUUUGGAAACUGUAGGCAAGGGUGCCUAUGGUUCCGUCCAUAAAGGCGUCCAUAUACCCACAGGAAAUAUCGUGGCCCUAAAAAUCAUUAACUUAGACACUGCCGACGACGACGUGGAAGCCAUUCAACGCGAAGUGGCUCUUUUAACCCAACUUAGGGAUGCCCCCAACGUCACCAAGUAUUACGGUUGUUACCUUGACGGCCCGCGCGUUUGGAUCGCCAUGGAAUUCGCCCAGGGCGGAAGUGUCCGCACUCUUAUGCAGACCUCUAAAGACCGUGUUCUUGAGGAGCGGUUCAUUGUACUCAUCACCCGUGAAGUUGUCAUUGGGCUCAACUACCUACAUAAAUCCGCCAUCAUCCAUAGAGACAUCAAAGCCGCUAACAUCCUCAUCACUGCCACUGGUAAAGUUAUGAUUUGCGACUUCGGUGUCUCCGCACUCUCUGCCACAACUACGAGCAAACGAAACACUUUGAUGGGCACCCCAAAUUGGAUGGCUCCCGAAGUAGCACAACCAGUUCCAGCGUACGAUAGCAAGGCCGACAUUUGGAGUCUGGGCAUCAUGAUUUAUGAGAUGGUGAAGGGCGCACCUCCUCACUCAGAUUUGAGGGAUGCAAUCAAAGUCAUGCAAUUGAUAACCAAAGUACAACCUCCUCAAUUGGCUGAAGCGGAUGGCAGCAAAGAAAUGCGAGAGUUCGUAUCGCACUGUCUCAAAGUCUCUCCAAACGAGCGAUUUUCCGCUGAUGAAUUAAUAAGAACGAAGUGGAUGAAAUCGGUGUCAAAGGCAAACGUGUCUACUCUGCGGGAGCUGAUACUCCGGUAUGAUGCUUGGAUGCAAAAUGGGGGUACUCGCAAUAGCUUAGUGGAACCACUCGACUGGGAGAAUGAGGAGAAAAGAGACUUGCAAGGCGUGGUAGAUGAAGAGACGGACCUCUGGGAAUUCGACACCAUAAGACGUCGAACGUUUCAAGCUGCAUUAAAGGAAGAUUUAUUGCCGGAUACCUUUCCAGUUGACUCGGCACUAUCAGUUCCUACUGUCAAACCUUCAGCACGGUUACCUACGUCAUUGCGUGGCCUUUUUGAUGAUGACCCUGUACAUCUUGGAUUUGAAACCUUGCAGGCCCCAAUGCCACCUCCACCACUACGUGAUACUCCGAGCCCAACACCUCUAGCCCCUUCCUCUUCAUCACCAUCACGUGAUCGUACACCGUUCAAACGUACAUUAGCCAAUGCAGACAGCACAGAUGAUGUUCAGAUGGUCAAGUAUAACGAUUUCGCGUUUCCUCCCAGGACAGCUUCUCGAGCGAAAUCGAAACUUUCUACCAAUGUCCCAACUUCUAUGAAUGUGGAAAUUAAAGAGGAAAAUAUGCCUCCAGAGGAGAGAGCCGAAGCCUCUGUUACUGCCAUGGAGACUACUCCGACCUCUCCUCUUUUGCCACCCGUUAGGCCUUUCGUGGUUCGGGAGAGGAGUGGCAGCUCGUCAAGCAAAGGCAGUGACGGCAGCAGCUCUGCAGCAAAUAUAAUUCUGCCAGGACUUAAAGACGCAGUGAAGGUGCCUACCAUUACGUCGGAGCACCAGUUGGGUCUAACAGAUUUGCUCCCGCCUUCGCCUAUGGCCCUUGUCCACAAUAAAAGCUCUUACGUCCAUUCUCCUAGUGGAUUUGGAUCGCCCGCGAUGACAAGCGAAAAGAGCUCCAUCGGUCUUGGGUCCCUUCCUGCAGCGAACGCUUCCAGUGCUUCCCUUACACUUGCACGGAGUCAUUCUCCCUCCGGGCCUUCUAACCUAUCUCACUCCGCUUCAUUAUCUCACUCUGGUCCAUCAGCACAAUUGUCGACUGUUGGGCCUCAAGUAUUGCCGCUGGAUCUCUGUAAUAUCAUGAGUCAUGACGCCACGAAUGUGCAGCUGGUACGGUCCGUGAAUGAUUUAACAAAAUGGCUGUCUGUGAUCGAAGUUGGUUUUACAAUGAUGCUCGAACAAGCCGCAGGGGACUCUAUAGCGGAAGAGCAAGAAGAAGGUGCUAUUGAAAGGGACUAUUUUACGGAAGACACGGACACAUGGAAAUGGGAUUCUGUAACUGAUAUCGUCUUGGAGUCCAGCUAGUUUUCAAAAUUUGAUCAUCUUGAUACCCUAAUGGCAUUCUAUUUUCCUAAAAUUUUAGCUGGUAAUUGGUAGGUAUAUGAACUGUAUUGAUUCCUUUUUGCUGUCCUUGGUAACUACGAAAUAUAAUCAU